AUGUCACGUGGUACGUGACGCAAAAUAUAAGAAGCCAAGAGUUGCAUCCCUCGAGGUUCUACCAUCCGGGUAUUUGACAAGGUUAGAGUCUCCUUGCUAGUAGAAGUGUUCGGAAUUAAGUGAAAAGAUGGAGAAACCAACAUUCUCUCAACGUAUGAAAUCUUUAGGUUUAUUUCUCUGGAAUGGGGAAACUAAGGAAUUUUUAGGCAGAGGAGGAAGAAGCUGGGGUGAGUAUAUUACGUAGGGUUUGAGGAUGAUAUAGUAAAAAAAUGCAAUUAUUAACAUUACAGUCAUGACUAUACUUUAACUAUUUAAAUUUGUGUAAAAUAGCGUAGCCUAGCAAUAAAAAUAUCACGUUCGGUAAAUUGUCGUUUUAGCGAAUUUAUUAACAUUGUUGAAAUCAUAAAAAAUUAUUUUAAAAUAGAGUAGAGUUGAACGCAGUACAUAGCAAACUUCAAAUAAGUAUCUAGCUUUAGAACUUUUUGAGCUAUAUCUAUGAAUUUUUUAAAGUCCUAGCUCCUGCCUUGGGUAUUUUUACUUUAACUUUGGAAUGCAUUUGCACCCCAAUUAUGGAUGUUAUGUCAAGUCCAAGGCGCCUGUAUUAUAAUUAUAGGGAAAGUGUUUUUUUUAAAAACUACUUACAGGAAAAUAGGAAUCAAAAGAUUAAAAUUUAAUGUUCCCCCCCCCCCCCUUUCCUGGCGUAAUUUCAGCUGGUAUAUUAAUUUUGUGGUGAACGCAGCAACUCGGGCAACUCAGACAAAGUGUUUUUUUUAAAAACUAAUUAAAGGAAAAUAGGAAUCAAAAAAUUAAAAUUUAAUUUUCCCCCCCCCCCCCCUUUCCUGGCGUAAUUUCAGCUGGUAUAUUAAUUUUGUGGUGAACGCAGCAACUCGGGCAACUCAGACUGUAUUGUAUCCAUUUAGACAACAAUCAUCCCUCAACUUACACACAUUUGCUAUAAAAUUUAGCCCCAUUUUAAAUAUAAACAGCCCAAUGAAAUAUUAAUUUACAACAUUCCAUCAGGGUUGUUAAUAAAUAAAAAAGAAACAUUAAUUUAGCUACUAACAAUAAAAGAAUUAACGAAAGUCACGGUGUGAAGCGUACAUUAUCCAAUAAGUAAGUCUUUCAAUUGAGUUACCUUAUGUAAGUAGACACACAAAAUUUAUUUGCAAUCACCACACUAAAUUUGAGCUUUGUUACCCGUAUCUUGAAAAUUAAUUUUAUUCCCUGGUUAAUAAUUGAAUUCGCUAAAAGGACAGUGAAUAUUUUUUAAAAUUUUACCAGGAGUAUUGAUAAAACGAUACUUAUGACCUAAUUUAUAGAAGUUUUUUUUAUAUGAUACUUAAAAAUUAUGUUAAUUUCAAUGUUAAAAAUGUGCUUCAUACUUGAUGUAUUAAUUAUAUAAUUAACAUCCAAUGAUUACUAAGCCUAACUGAACUACUGGUACUUGUACUGUUGAUAAUAACUAGACUUUCUAGAAUACUUGGAACUAAUGAAUAAGCUCACUCUUAAGUCUUUACUUAUACUACUUAUCAAUCACCAAAUUAUAGUGAUAGGCCUGCUUUACUUACAUUUUUUAUUGACGGGGAUUGAAAUGUCCAUUAUUUUUCUUGUCUUACCAACAUAACUCAAAAACUGCUAAUAAUUUAUUAAUAAACUAAUUAGCCUAUAAACUAAUAGUAAUAGAAUAUAGUAAAUAAUAUACUAAUCAAAAUGACAUAACAUAACAAAUUGGCCUAUAAAUAAGUAGGCAUUGUUAAGUUAGUAUUACAAUAUAGUACAUAUGGUACUGCAUUUGAGAAGUUUGGAUAGUCCAUAAAGUUUUCUUCAGGAAGGCCUAUUCAAAUCAUCAAAAGACUCUACUAGUCUUAAGUUGAAUUUAUUAUAUAUGUCUUGUUUUGUCUUUUUCAUCUCUGCAAGGCAGUGAAGCGGCCCUGGCUCUACUGCCGAGCUGCUUAAGCUAAACAUGAUUAAAAGACACAAAUUAUGUGUGAAUAUGAGUAAUGAAGCGUUAUUUUUUUACAAUUCUGAGUGUUUCAGUUGAAGAAAGUAAUAUCAAAAUAAAAUGUUCAGCAGACUUGUAUAGGUUCACCUCAGAGGCUUAGCGAAAGGGGGGGGGGCAUGUCCCCCGGGCGCCAGCUAGUUAGGGGCACCAAAUUGUGCUUUGAUUUUAUUUUAUUGGUGAAAAUAAUGGGUUUGAGAGUUUAAAAAAAAAGGGGGGGGGGGGGUUUGAAAUGAAUUUUGUUUCUGGUCGGGAAAUUUUUCCCAAAAUUGUGCUUUGAUUUUAUUUUAUUGGUGAAAAUAAUGGGUUUGAGAGUUUAAAAAAAAAGGGGGGGGGGGGCUUUGAAAUGAAUCUUGUCUCUGGUCGCGAAAUUUAUCCCAGGUUGCCACUCUCGCUAUGCCUCUGGUUCACCCCCUAUGAUGUAGGUAUGUUUUAUUUAUAUCUCAGCAGAAAAGAUAGUGUUUUAUUUCUCAUAAUCUUCAUAAAGCCUUGCCAUACUUUUUUGUGUCUUUUAAUAUAAGUUUUAUCUCAGUCCAACCCUUUCCAUUGGUUUCCUAUUUUUUUACUUCUUGUUUGUUGUAUCUAUGUCAUGUAAAGUAGGUAUGCUACCUUUAGCUGCACCAAAAAAGUAUACUUUGCAAUUAUUGAACAAAAGUUUUCAAGAUCAAAUUUCUAGUUCAUAUUUUUCUACAAAUUUAUCUUUUUUAAGAAUAUUCCAUAGAAUCCUUGUAUUGUUUUCUUAACAAAUUAGGAAUAUAUUUUUAAAAAGGAAUGUGUUCUGCCAAAAUAUAAAAGACCGUCAUUUAGUUUUUAAUAGAGUAUAAGCUUGCUGCUUUUCUACUGCCACUUGUUUAGAAUAGUAUGAAUCUUGUUUUCAGAACUAGUGACCAAUGGUGCUAAUGCGCACAAUAAAAAUAACACCGACAUUUAAAAACCAAAAUUGUAUGUCUGAAGAAAUGUAAUAUAAGUAUUGUGAUGUUCCCCAAGUCUAUGUGUACUUGAUGUAUAAUUGUGUAAGAGCUUUGUUUUGAAAUGUGAAAUCUUCUCAAAUUCAAGAUGUUAAAACCAUCUGGACUUAAUCAUAAAACAUGGCAAGCAUAAUCUCUAAUCUGAUUAGUGGAUUUUUGUCAUUUUAAUAACUUAAAUCAUUUUCAGGUUGUGGAAUUGUUUUGUGCAACCCUUGUAUACACAAAGCGAUAUAUCCAUAACAUAUGGUGUUUUACAUCCUGUACACUGUAUUUUUACUACCUGCAUAUCAUUUAAUGUUAGCACACAGGUUGUAUUUGUUCUGUUUUGGUUAAUUUUUUAUAACUCAUUUGCAAAUUCAAGUGGACAAAUGAUCCAUUAACUUAUGUGAGGAACUUAAAUUUGCAGAUGUGCAUGACACAAUUUUAUUUGAUAUAAGUGUAAGACUUGUUGUCCCCCACAUCUUAAAAUUCUUUUCUUAAGACUAAGCUAUUUGCUUUUGCUUCAAAUUUUCAUAAUAAAUUUGAUUUUCAGAUUUUUUUAUCAAACACUUCCACAAUUGCCUGGAACCAGAUGGUCACUUUUUUAAAGUUCUUUUAUACCUCAGUUGAAAACGCUUUCUCUUGUGAAGAAAUAAUAAAGUCUGUUGGUUUCCAAUCACCUGAAAAGGUUUAAAGUAGUUUCCGAAACUGAUUUUUGUUUUUCAUUUAAAGAAAAUCAGCUGGGAAGCUUAACUUCAUUUCUGCUGUUUCCGUUGCACUCCGGUAUUUCUUUUGUGAUUGCACAAUUUUUUGAGAGGUGAGUAACUUUUGUGAUGUUUUCUUUUCAUUUGUAAAUUCCCAUCACAUUUUUUUCAAUUUGAGAGUUUUUUAUCACCGAAUGUUUUUCCAUUUUUAUAUUCUAAUUAAUAAUGACUUACAUUUAAUUUUACACAAUUUUCUUAACGUUUUUACAGUUUCACAUUCUUAAUCUCUUAAUUGCCAUAUUAGUGGGUUUUUUUUAAUUUGCUUAGUGGGAAAGGCUUAUUUGUAAUUAAACAGUUAAAAUGGACUAGGCAUUUGUUUUGACACAUCAAAUUAUGCCUUUUAUACUAGAGAGGGGCUUAUCAGGUAAAAUUUCAAAUUUUUACCCAUUCCUCAGUCAUGGCUUGCAUUUGAGCAUCUUAUCUAGCUUUCCUGCUGACAUUUUAAUUUUCAAGUUUAAAUAAAUUUUUUAAAUCUAUUUAUUGCCAAAUGCUACUGGCUACCCCAUAUCCAGCCAUUUAAAAUUGUUGAUUCUGGUAAAGAUAAACAGGCUGUCAAUAUUUCAGAGUUAAAAAACUUGACACCCAUGGGUCACCCAUGUGAGUUUUUAAAAAGCCACCUUGCAGUGUCCCUGCUUGAUGGUAAUUAAGGGGUUAAUUAUAUGCAACUACGAUUUUUCUGCACUUAAUUUUUAAUGCAGCUGUUAUAAUUUUUGUCUUAACUGCUAACCAUUUCAUUUUUUAUUAAAAAAAAAAAAUAAUACACUAAAACUGCUUCGCUGUAAUAAAUUUGCCUCUACAUGGCUAACCAUGUCAUUCAUGUUUUUUAUAAUCUUCUUCACCAUAUAUUUUUAGAUUUGCACAUUUUAAAUACGCUUUAUGAUAUUACAUAUGCGCAUAGUUCAAAAUUAGAUUGAUCCAAUUUUAUCUAGGUUUUGGGAAUACUCUCUUUUCUAGAGUUGGGUGUUGAUAUAAUUUUUGAAAAUUUUAAAUAUUUUUUCUUUUUAGAAUUUAUGGGGAUUUAGUGUAGCAAUGCUUUUUUAAAUAUUAAACUUUAAUAAAUUUGUUUGUUCCUUUUGCAAUUUCCAGCUGAAAUUGGUCUAUUCUACUUGGUCUUUUAUGCCUGUCUCAGUGGAUUCUUCAUUGCAACAAUUGCUGUUUUCUAUGAGACAAUAGAUGCAGAUAACCCGAGGCUGCAAGGAGAAAGUAGCUUACUUAAAGGAAAUCCUGGUAAUUAGCACCUGUUAUAAUUUUCAAAGUAUUUUAAUUGUUGUACAUUUACUAAGGUACAAUACUGAAUUAUUUAUGUGCAUAUGUUGCACAAAUCAUGUUAGUCUUAUUAAAAUUCAAAUUCUUAUUUAUAUCAUCUUUAAUAUGAAAUGGAAGGGAGUUUUAAAAUUUUCAACUGAUAUUUUGAGAUAAUUUGAUAAUAUAUUCCAGGAAUGGGUUAUCAGCCAAUGCCUGACAUUGAUACUACUCUGAUAUAUGCAAGAACAUCAGAAGAGGAUACAAAGGCUUAUGUGAAAAGUAUCAACAAAGUGCUGGAUGGUAAUUGAGGCUUAUUUUUUCAUUGUUUUAUUUACUGUAGUACCAUAUCUAAGAUAUUAAUUCUAUUCUUGUUGUUUUGACAUAAAAUCUUAGCCCUGAAAGUGAAAUUAUUCUGUGCACAAGGACUUAACUGUUUUAUUUUACUUGAUGUUACAGCUUAUAAGAAUGAAAGCCUUAAUAGAGUUAACUGUAGCGACCUUACUCAACCAAGAACUGAUAGUGAUAAAGCUUGUAAUUUUGACUUCGCUAAUCUCACUCAAGAAUGUAAUGAGGAAAAUGGUUAUGGCUUUAAGCAUGGUCAACCUUGCAUUUUGCUUAAAUUAAACAAGGUAUGUAAUCUAACUAUUAUCAGCUAUGUCUUUGAUAUCUGCACUGGUAGAUCAAUUAGAGUUUUCCUUAGUGUAAAUUAGUAGUAAAACAUUGUUUUUUGUAAGAUUUUUACCCUGGAGGAGGAAUUAAUAGUAUUGAAAUAAACAAACUUUUUAUUGAUAAUUUUGAUUUUGGUGUGUAUUAUGAAAACAUUAAAGGGAAGGUAAAGUGGAGUACUUUUAGAUGUUUCAUUUUAGCCUAUUAAAUCAUUUAUUUCAUUUAGAUUUUUGGUUGGAUACCAUCUAUUUGGGAUGAAAAAGAUGUCUCUGAUGUACCGAAAGUUAUCAAAGAUGUGUAUUUAUCUGAUCGAAUUUGGGUGCAGUGUCAUGGAGAGGUAAGAAUUUAAUUCAUAUGCUUAAUAAAUACUUUUAUUUAAUUGUUCCCAAUAAGUCUGGUGCCUUAUAUAGAGACAUUACAUUUUAAUAAUAAAUAAUAAAAUGUAUUGAAAUUGUGUAAUUUAUUUUCAGAAUCCUGCUGAUGAGGAUAAUUUAGGAGACAAAGAUCAGAUAAAAUACUUUCCUCAACAAGGAUUUCCAUUGGGCUACUACCCAUUCAAGAAACAGUUGGAUUACCUACCCCCACUGAUUUUUGUUAAAUUCUCAAAUGUUACACAUUAUACUGGAAUCAUGGUUGAAUGCCAGGCUUUUGGCAAAAAUAUUGCACUUGACAGGUCAGAGAGACAAGGCAGUGUGCACUUUGAACUGUUGGUUGAGCCAUCCAACAAGUAGUGUUCAUAAAAAUAUUUUUCCCUAGUCUUUUCCAAUUUUGCAUUUUUCAUUGUUAUGGCAUUUGACCCUAAAAGAAUUGGUUUUAUUUUUUGGGGUACUGUACCAUUCAUUUUUUUAAAAAUGUGGGGGUAUACUCUCAACAACUUUAUCCCAGUUUCUAAUCAUCCUCAAAAUAUAAGAGUUUGUCGUGCUUUGCUAGUCUUAACAUAGUGAAUUUACUUUCUUCAACCAUCUGCAUCCUCGGAGGACCCCGUGUUAUUUUAUACUUUCUCCAUUGUUUCUUGUGGAAGUCAACUCAUAAUACUUUUUGGUUUCUGAAACUAUAAUACAAUGAUUCAAACCUUGUUUGCACAAAGUAUUUAAUUUUUAUUAUUUUCAUCAAGAAAUAAAAUCAAUAUAGUUGACAUAAAAAGUGUAAAUAAUUUACUUUUUGCAAAAGAACACAGUCUAGAUAUUUAUUAUCUUAAGCUGAUAUGAGAGACAUGAAAAAAAUCAGCUAUAACUAGUUUCUAUAGUUAUGACAGAAUUGCAAACCAAAAACUGUCAAAUGCAACAAUGCUUAAGAACUCUUAUUUAUAGUAACCUUGAUAUGUACCACUAAAGUACUGAAAACUAAUAGAAAAUGAAUCAAGAGACCAUAAAACUUCUGAUUCGUAUUUAUGAUAGUUUUAUUAGAGGCAGAUGUUGUUGGUCCUUCGCCUACAAAAAUGACCAUGGCUAUUUUAACGAUGAGUGCGCUGGUGUCCCACUUUCCAGAAUGUUGGACACUGUCUUAGUUUGAUUAGAGAUGAUAUCAAGGCAGUUUUUAUUGGCUUUAGCACCUCAUAAGAUGCAGUAACCACAGAUGACCGGGCUGUAAUGAGUUUGUGGGUGAAGGGUUGAAACUCUAAAAUGUCUUUGCUCACCCUAGUUCUGUUCAUGUUCACUUUCUGUUUUAGGAGCAUUGUUAAAACUCCACCAUUGCAGUAAUUUAUCUUAGAUAGCACUUCGGGAUCUGAUUUCUCUGCAUUUCUGUCAAUAGUGGUGUCACUUUAUCAUUGUACAGCUUAGAUUGAGUUGAAGUUAAAUUUUUUCAAGUUUGACCCUGUUUAUCGCCAUUGAAUGUAUGGAAGGAAGUGUUCUUUUUAACAAAUAUAUAUAUGGUGGACAAUAAACAUUUGUUGAUGAUAAAAUUUUGUAUUAGUUCCAAUUCAGUAAAAAAAACAAAAAAAAAAACCCUUAAUUAUCCCUGUCAUUAAUUUCACUGGCCGACAUUAUGUUCAUCCUUUCAAGCUUUUUUUUUUUAAUAGCCUUUGGACAUUAACUGAAUUUUAUUUUGCAUUUAACUUAACGAUUUGAUAUUAGUCUCAAUAUUUCACAAUGUUUGUAAAUUUUUUAUUUCAUGUACAGAUUUUUAAAAAUCUUUCAAAACCUAUGUAUGCCUAGUUAAACUUCAAAUGUUUUUUUAUUACAUAUCUUAUUCAGAAUUUUAAUCACAAAAUAAAUUGUUGUACUUUUUAAUUUUAAUGUACUUUUUAUUUUUAUUUUGGUGAAAAGUCAUGGGUUAUUGUUUUGGCUAGAAUUAGCUUAAAAUUUUUGAGGUAUACCAGGGUUGAGCAAGCAAUGAACAUUUCAUUGGAUCAAAGAAGCUGCAUGCAUUAAACCCAUCUAUAAACAGUAUAUUAACGGAAUGCAUUAUUAACGGAAUGCAUAGAAUUGAUGUAGCUUUAGUACCGGUACCUCAUGUUUGUACAUUGCAUGGAAAGGGUUUUCUUAUUGCAAGGAUUGCCAAGCUAUAGUCUGGGGCCAAUUUUAUUACCAAUUUUAGAUAAUAUACUAUCUGAGAUGUUUUGUGAUUUUAAAAAAAAAAUUUCACAUGUGGGUGUCUAUAACUUUUCAUUCACAUGUUGGUAACACAGGCAUUAUUCAUUGGACCAUGGGCCUCAUAAUAGGUUACUUGAUUUCUCCUUAUAUUUUUAUUACAUAUAACCCACGAACUGUUGUCGGCCUACAAAAUUUGCCGACAUUCUUGUUCUGUACUGUGGCGGCUGAAAAAACUUUCAAUCCUAUAUUUAACCGGAUUUAUAGCUUACUUUUAUUAAUAAUUAAAUCAUCUUCCGGUUCAAGCUGUUUCAUGAUAAAUUGAAAAUAAAUACUUGUUAAUCGGAGUUUUAUAUCGCCGUUUUUGUUUAAAGCCAAAAUGGUUGAAGCCAUGGCUGGGCCUUCAGUGCAAGAACUAAUAGGAAUAUGUUUGAAAGCUUUUUAGGAGAGGAUUUAGGUGAUACUGAUGAUGAUUUUACCUACUGAUGAUAAUUUUAACAUUCCCCAUGACGAUAUCAGUAGUCUUAGUGAUACUGAAGUAGGCCUACCGAGCCCCUGUUAGACUUCGAGCCAGGCCC